GCUUUCUUUAAACGUUUGUUUACAUAAAUGUAUUACUUCACUAGUGUAAUAGUAUUUAUCAUUGUGCUUUCGGAAUUAACCAGUUCAUUUCGGGCUGUAAAAGAUUUUUAUAAACUUUAAUUCUAAUCAAUUUAAGAUGACAUUGCUUGCAGUAAGAUGUUAGACGUACGUUUUAUGAGUAAAACGUCUUAAAACGUAGCGAAAGGCAGCACAUGUAUGGUAAAUGUUUAUUUGUAUAAUGAUUUAAAUGCUGAUUGACUGGCAUCUGUAUUAUGUGAAGACACAGGACCCAAGUGGAUGGACAUGAACCAUAAUAUUCAAUUCAUUAAAUCUUAGAAAGAUUAACUUUUCCGAAACCGUCAAGCAAGCCCUCUUGAAUUCAACAUCCCAUUUACUGCAUGAAUCAAUCAGUGUAUCCCAAAACUGACUUCAGUGAGGCAAAAUUGUUAUACUGAGAGAACUGAUCUAACAAUGCUGAGGAUAAAGGCAUUGCCUCUACUGCAGACACAUAUAGCAGGUUGUUCUUUGGUAUCUCAGUGCGUUCAUCAGCUGGCCUCCAUCAAACACGUGUGUGUGCUCCCCGAGAGGAGGCGCCAGGCUCUCCUGUACCCCUUUAACAGUCUGAAGGAGCACCUGUCCUCACAGGUCAGCCAGGAAGAAUUCAAGAUCUUUCAUCCCAGCUUGGAGGAACUCCGUCAGGCCGAGACGCUGUUCACUCCCUCCUCUAAACAUAGCAUUGACUACUCUACUUCUGCGGUCCGUUUAGACAAUGUGCCUCUUCUUAAACAGCCAGAGGUGUGUUUUAUGGGCAGAAGUAAUGUGGGAAAAUCUUCUCUCAUCCGUGCCUUAUUCUCUCUUGUGCCGGAGGUAGACGUGCGGGUCUCUAAAACUCCGGGCCACACUAAAAAGCUGAAUUUCUUCACUGUGGGAAAGGCCUUUACUCUUGUAGACAUGCCAGGGUACGGACACAAGGCCCCACGGGACUUUGUAGAAAUGGUUGAACCUUACCUUCUAGAUCAUCAGAAUCUGGUGAGGACGUUCUUGCUUGUGGAUGGAGGUGCAGGUCUGCAGAAGGCAGAUUUAGUUGCUGUGGAGAUGUGUGAGGAGUUCAAUUUACCUUAUGUGCUGGUGGUAACUAAAAUAGACAGAACCCGACAGGGUGCUUUGUUGGCUCUUGCUCUACAGCUUCGGGACUUUAUCAAAAGUCAAACCAGCACGUGCUUCCCACAGCCAUUUCUAAUAAGUUCAAUCCAGUUCUCCGGGAUUCAUCUGCUCAGGUGUUUCAUAGCACAUGUAACGGGAAAUCUACAGCUCAACGCUAAACAGUCAUGAGUUUACUGUCUUUCCACAUGUCACAAACACAAACCUGAGGUCUGGACCCAGUGUCAUAAAACCAAUUUGAAAAUGACUGAUCUGAACCGUUUAAUUACUGAAUCUAUGUAUUUAUUAUUUUCAUAAUAAUACAGAGUCUGGAAUCACAAUAUUACUGGUUUCAGAAUUCAUCCAGCUCUCCAUAAACUCUCUGAAUGAUCCAGAAAUCAAGUGUAUGAUUUAAAAAUAUUUAUAUUUUAGGUUAUACUGCAAAUGACUGUCUGUUGCUGUAUAGUCAAGUGGAAUAUUUGUUCUUCAAAAUAAAAUGACAAAGUGUUGCUUUAAA